UGGGUGCUGGCAGCCUCUGUCCGGGCACACGGCACUGCACUGCCCCAGCAGCAUGGACUAAUGCAAGCACAGGAGAGAAGCACCACUGUGUGAGCCCAAAGGUCUCCUUGUCGGCAGCGCAGGUCACCAUGGGAUGCAGUCCCAAGGCAGUUGCUGUUGGGUGUCUCCUGGCAGUCAUUGUUGUUUCUGGCAUCAUUGCUCUCAUCUUGGCGGUUGUGGGUGUGAAGGAUGUUUAUCUGCCUCCAGGUACCAAGUAUGGGAUGGUGUUUGACGCCGGCUCCUCGCACACGGCUCUCUACAUCUACCAGUGGCCAGCGGAUAAAGAGAACGGCACCGGCAUCGUCAGCCAGGCUGAGGCCUGCACCGUGCAAGGCCCUGGGAUCUCCAGUUACGCUGACAACCCCACGAGGGCCGGAGCCAGCCUGAGGGCCUGUCUGGACAAGGCCAUGACGAUCAUCCCUGCGGAGCAACAGAGAGAAACGCCCACCUACCUGGGCGCUACUGCGGGCAUGCGGCUGCUGAGGGAGCAGAACAGCACAAAAGCCGACCUGGUCUUUGCAGAGGUCUCCAAGACCAUAAGGCAGUACCCUGUAGAUUUCCGUGGCGCUCGGAUCCUCACUGGGAAUGAGGAAGGAUCCUUUGGUUGGAUCACAAUCAACUACCUGCUGGAGACGCUCAUCAAGUUCUCCUUUGCAGGGAAAUGGAUACGGCCUCAGUCAGCUGAGGUUCUGGGAGCUCUGGAUCUUGGAGGAGCCUCAACCCAAAUAACCUUUCAGCCCAGUGGUACCAUUGAGGACAACAGCACCGAAGUCUUCUUCCGGCUGUAUGGGACCAACUACUCCGUUUAUACCCACAGCUACCUCUGCUACGGGCGAGACCAGGCCUUGAAGAUGCUGCUGGCAGCCCUAAGGAAGGAGAACCUCACCUCUCAGCAGAUCUCCCACCCGUGCUACCCCAAGGGAUACGAGGAGAACAUCACUGCCGCUGCCCUGUAUGACAGUCCCUGCGUCCCAGCACCAGCUGCACAUGACCCCAGCCAGAUCCUCACGGUGCAGGGGACAGGAGCCCCAGCGGAGUGCAGGAGUGCCAUCCAGAAACUCUUCAACUUCACAGCCUGUGGAGCCAACAGGACGUGCGGGUUCAAUGGGGUCUACCAGCCGCCGGAGCAUGGGCAGUUCUUCGCCUUUUCUGGAUUUUACUACACAUUCCAUUUUCUGAACCUGACUAACGAGCAGCCCCUGAGUGUCAUCAAUGCCACCAUCUGGGGCUUCUGCACUAAAGGCUGGAAGGAGCUGCAGGCCAGCUUCCCACAAGAGGAGAGUCACGGGCGCCUACACAAUUACUGCCCCUCGGCCUUUUACAUCCUGACACUGCUACACGAGGGCUACAAAUUUGACGAACAAAUGUGGAGCAACAUCCAUUUCCGCCAAAAGGCUGCGAAUACAGACAUCGGCUGGACCUUGGGCUAUGUGCUGAACCUCACCAACAUGAUCCCGGCAGAGACCCCCGAACAAGUGAAAGGGCAGCAGCGUGGGCUCUGGGCAGCCGCCAUCUUCUUUAUUGUCCUGACCGCUGCAGUGGCACUGGUGGCCAUUCUCAUCCAGUGCCUCUGGAAUCCCAGUUAGCAGCCCGAGUAAUGGAUGGAGAGUCCCUCUCACCAACCCAGGAAAGGAGAAGUGGCACAAGUGAUGACAAGUGUUGGGAGGCCUUCAAGGCACUAGCCAUCUCUUCAGGAUACCUGCCUGGUUCCUCUCAGUGAACACCUCCCUCCAAAGAAGGCCAAGGAGGGAUCUGAUCAGAGUUUAGAACUAUCUCCUGGGGGAAGAGCUCUGAUCAGAGAAGUCUCUUUAACCGAGCAGACAAAGGAUGACUGAGAGCCAAUGGCUGGAAGCUGAACUAGACCAAUUCGAACUAGAAAGGCGGCAUUUUUUUAAAAUAGGGAGAGUAAUUAAUCACUGCCUAAAUAUAUGGGGGAGUUUCCCAUCGCGUGACAUCUUUCAGUCAAGACUGGCUGUCUUUCUAGACAUGCUCUAGCUCACUUAGAAGCCAUGGGUACAGUGCUGGAGUCCAGGAGUGUGGCUGGACGGCCUGUGUUAUACGGGAGAUCAGGCUGGAUGAUGCUAAUGCGCCCUCUGACUCUCACUGCAGGAUCGGAGACAGAUUCUUGCACCAGCAGCAGGAGGGCCAGCCACGCAUGUAGGCAUGGAUCCUGAGUGCGAGGAAGGCGUGUGCUCUGGCAGAUCAGGAUGGGACCCUGUACCUUUAAGUCAUGUAGUCUGUUAGCCCUUUUGUGCCCGGAAUGAUGCCCGCAGGUAUGUGGUAGCACUCUGGCAAGAAGACAACAGCCUUCUCAGUGCCUUGCCCUCCCCCCCACACUGUGGGAUCAACUGUUCCUGCCUCCUUUGUUUUCUUUGUGCAUGUUAGGCAGUACCUUCCCAGACCUGCAGAAGAGCUCUGUGCAGCUCAAAACCUUGUCUCACGCACCAACAGAAGUUGGGGAAGGAAAUAUCUUUCAUUGGACCACUUUGUCUCAGGAUCAAAGUCAGUUAUUUUAGAAAUAUUUAUUGGAAUUUCAGAGAAAAGAAAAUAAUGAGCAGCUGAUCUGAACAUUGCAAAGGCUGCGUCCACUGGCCCCAUAUAUAUAGAUUUGAUUUAAAUAAAACCCACCACCCCACUCCAAAACCUCAGCUCUAGGCACAUAGACACCUCUUCACAAAAACACUCCCUCCAACAGCAUCACAGGCUCCUACUCAACUAAACCAACUCCAAGGGACCAU